CAAGCUUCUACAGUGCAAAGCUCUGGUUGAGUUGCAAAGGAAAACUUUGAAUCAAGGAAAAAAUGAACGCUUUAAGAACGUGGAGGCAGGUUUCCCGGCUAAGCCACUCUAAGCAGAUACUUUUCCAAGGAACCUGCUGUUCUUCGGUUUUAUCCCGGAAGCAAUCAACCAAGUCACUGAGUCUCAAAGAUACUCUGGAUCGUGUAAUCCCAGAAAAACAGAAAGAAAUAAUGGAAUUUAGAAAACAGUAUGGUAAUGAAAAACUUGGAGAAUACACUAUUGAUCAGGCCUAUGGUGGUAUGAGGGGAAUCAAAGGACUGGUUACAGAAACAUCUCAUCUUGAUGCUAAUGAGGGUAUUGAGUUCCGUGGGUAUACUAUUCCUCAGUGUCAAGAACUUCUUCCAAAGGCUGAUGGAGGUGACGAACCUUUGCCUGAAGGUCUCUUUUGGCUCCUUAUGACAGGAGAAAUACCAACUAAACAACAAGUUGAUAACUUGUCUCAUGAAUGGGCAGCCAAAGCAGAUCUCCCACAACAUGUUGUUCAGAUGCUGAAUAAUUUCCCAGAUACUUUGCAUCCAAUGAGUCAGUUCAGUGCUGCUGUUACUGCAAUGAACAGUGAAAGCAAAUUUGUAAAGGCAUACAAUAGUGGAGUGAAGAAGACUGAGUAUUGGAAGCACACCUUUGAGGAUGCCAUGGAGCUCAUUGCCAAAUUGCCAACAUUAGCUGCCUACAUCUAUCGUAACUUGUACAAAGAUGGCAAAGUAGCUCCUGUUGAUCCAAACAAGGACUGGUCAGCUAACCUGGCCACCAUGCUUGGAUUUGAUGAUAGAAUGUUCACUGAGUUGCUUCGCCUUUAUCUGACCAUCCAUGCUGAUCAUGAGGGGGGAAAUGUAAGCGCACAUGCUACUCACCUCAUUGGGAGUGCUCUGUCAGAUCCUUAUCUUUCAUUUGCUGGAGGUAUGAAUGGACUGGCUGGACCCCUUCAUGGACUUGCCAAUCAGGAAGUAUUGAUAUGGUUGACAAAACUGAGUGAGGAUCUUGGCCCUGAUCCAUCAGAUGAAAAAGUCAGGCAGUUCAUCUGGGAUAGUCUGCAGGGAGGGAAAGUUGUUCCUGGUUAUGGACAUGCAGUACUUCGUCAAACAGAUCCCCGCUACACUUGCCAGCGUGAAUUUGCUUUGAAGCAUCUUCCUAAUGAUCCAAUGUUCAAGCUCGUUAGUCAGCUUUAUAAGACUGUACCAGAUGUGUUGCUUGAACAAGGCAAAGCCAAGAACCCAUGGCCUAAUGUUGAUGCACAUAGUGGAGUUUUGCUUCAGUAUUAUGGGCUGACUGAGAUGAAUUACUACACUGUGUUGUUUGGAGUUUCGCGAGCCCUUGGAGUGCUGGCUUCUCUGGUUUGGGACCGUGCACUUGGACUUCCAAUUGAAAGACCAAAGAGUAUGACAACAGAACUUUUGAAAAAGCAUGUUGGUGCUUAGAUAUUGAAAAUGUCAGCAAUUGAAAAAGCUAUUAACUUAAGUAAGAACCUGAACUGCAACUCAAAGUACUUUCCCUUUUUUUAAAUUGAUAGAAAAAAGUAUUCAGCAAUACCUGGCUGUAUCUUUUUUGAAUUCAGUCAAUGAAAAUGUACAAGAAUCUGUAUCUGUAUUUUGUUGAUUAUGACUAAUUCUGUUGUGCAUCUUUUGCCAACAAAGGGCUUUGCACCAUACAUUGACAGAGUUGAGUACUGAUUUUAUCAGGGGUGGGGAGGGUAAAAUAUGAAAUAUUUUAUGAUGAGAGGUUUAAGAGAAACCUUGAAGUCAACAAUGAGAGCAUUUUACCUUGUCAAUAGUCAAUAAUGGUGGUCAUUGUUGCUAUAUAACUUCAUGAUCUUAUGAAUUUAGCURUCCUUUUGUGUGAAUAAGACUCAAUAUCAAGUUGUUGAAUAUAAUAAACAGAUAUAAUUUCUACUAAGACCA